UUCAGUCUGAUAGGUAGCGACCAAAAAUAUCUACGUGUCGUGCAGUUUUUUGGUACUAUUGACCCAAAAUUAACAGUUUUCUUUUUAUUUGUGAAUAAACAGUACUUAACCUGAUAUUAUCAUGGCAAGUAGUGAUCAUUCAGCAGAUCUCCAGGCAGAAAUGAAAACCCCACCAGCAUCUUCAUCAUGUGCUACUGUAAGUCCACAACUAGAAACAGUAGUUACUCAAAGUGGGAACAUCCAAGAACUCUGCAAACUCACAAAAGACUUAGCAUUGCAGCAAUCAACCGUUAAACCGAUCCAGGAGCAAAAUGUACCUGAUACUUCUUCCAAACCAUUGUUUACAAACGCAAGGCAAAAUAACAAUGAAGUGCUGAAAAUGUUAAGUCAAGUUGCUGAUAAGGUAACUGAAAACACUACGCCAAAAACUACGAAGAAAAAGAAUGCAAAGAAAAAGAAAGAAAGGCUGAAAAAGCUGCAAAUUGCACAACAAAAUGUUACACCACAGCAAUCGCAGACGGCACCACCAAGUAAUGCUUCGGUUCAAGAAUUGUUUACUAGACAGAUAGCUCCUAUGUAUCAAGCGAGCCCAUCACACUACCUGGAGAAUUUAAGUUAUCAUCCUCACUUUCAGUACAUGUAUCAACAACAACCUCAUAAUGCGGCAAGUGUUCCUAGCUCACCUCUGGCUCAGCUACCUAUCUUCAAUGCUCAUCACCCUGACAUGAGACAGGUAGACCCCAAUACUCCAAGAUAUUUGCAAAAUGUCAUGCAACACCCUUUGCUCAAUAAAUCAUACUCGCUUGACAGUUACCAACAACAUCAACAGCAGCAGCUGCAAAGGCAAAGCGUGGGAAAUAUUACUCCCAACUCGAGUUCCAGACACACACCAAAGUCAGACAACAAACACAGGAGGAGAACAAAAAGCAAAGAGAACAACCAGAAUAGUGAUAAAAGGUUUGGACUUUACAUGACUCUUAGUGACGUGGAAAUGGGCCUAAAGAGCAAACAAUUAAUUGAAGGAGUUGUGAGGAUCAAUCCUAAACAGUUUACACAUGCUUAUGUAUCAAGUAAGGAUAGAGAUGAGCAAGACAUUCUUAUAGAGGGGAUUAAAGAUAGAAACAGAGCUUUGGAAGGUGACAUUGUGGUUGUAGAAAUUAUCACAGACAGCAGUAGUGAUGAGGCUGAUAUAGAAAACAAAAAAAAUGAUGCUGUUGAUGAAAUGAAUGAAUCUGGAGAUCUACUCUUAGAUGAUGUCAGCAAAAAUGCUGACAAAGAUGGUAAUGAUACUCAGACAAGUUUUGAGGAUGUAAAUGAAGAUGAUGAGGAUGCCAAAAAUAAUACUGAUUUGACUCCAAAACUAGACAAAAAACAGAAGAGAGGAAGAGUAGUGUAUUUAAAAGAAAAAGUGCACAACCGCACAUGUAUUGGAGUAUUGAAACUUAUGCCAGAUAAGAAUAGACAAAAGGCCUUAUUCGUGCCUCGCGAUCACAGGAUCCCACGCCUCAAUAUUCCCUUUACAAGUUGGCCCGAUAAUUUUUAUAAAGAGGCUAAAAGCUUUGAAAAUACUUUGUUCUUAGCCAAGAUAAUGGACUGGUUUGAUUCAAGAUUUGCUAAUGGGAAAAUUAUAAAAAAUAUUGGCCAGUCUGGGGACAUGGUUACAGAAACCACAGCUAUUUUGGCACAAAAUGACUUGGAUGUAACUCCAUUUGGGCAGAAAUAUAGCCACUUGUACCCGAGACUUGAUUAUGUUAUACCAGAAGAUGAAAUAAAGUUGAGAGAGGACUGCAGAAAACUCUGCAUUUUCAGCAUAGAUCCAUCAAAUUGCCGUGAUAUUGAUGAUGCUGUGUCUUGUAGAAAACUUGACAAUGGGAAUUAUGAGAUUGGUGUACACAUAUCAGAUGUGUCCCAUUUUUUGACCGAAGGCACAGAGCUGGAUGAGAAAGUAGCAGAAAAAGCCACAACCAUUUAUUUAGUAGAAAAAGCUUACCACAUGCUACCAGAUGAGCUGUGUAUGCUUUGCUCCCUGUUUCCAGGGGUCGACAAGUUAGCGUUUUCCGUCUUUUGGGAAAUAACUGACAAUGCUGAAGUUCUUAGUCAUAGAUUUGCUAAAACUGUGAUUCAUUCCUGUAGUCAAUUGGCCUAUGAACAUGCUCAAGCUAUACUUGAAGGAAAUGAGGAUGAAUCUGAUUUUCCAGAGAUAUACAACGGCUUCCAAUAUAAAGAUGUUAGAGAUACAAUUAAAAUAUUAGGCAAAAUUGGUGCCAAAUUUAGGCGGGGCCGUUUCGAAAAUGGUGCUCUACGUAUUGAUCAACCAAAGGUUGCUUUUCAUUUACACCCAUUUAAUGGGCUGCCAAAAUCAUUUUGGAUUUAUGAAUCUAAAGAGAGUCAUCAGCUUAUUGAAGAGUUCAUGUUACUAGCUAACAUGACUGUUGCUGAGAGAAUAUACAAGGAUCAUCCGAGGCUAGCAUUUUUAAGGUGUCAUCCUCCCCCAAGUGGAUACAUGAUGAAACAGUUAGCUAAAGCAUUGAAGCCAAUGGGAAUUGAUUUGGAAAUUGAUUCAGCAGGGAGUCUGCAGCGCUCUAUAUUGCCAUAUGUAGGUGCAGAGAAUGAAGAUAGAGGCAGAGCUAUGGUGCUGAGCAUGCUUUGUGCCAAGCCUAUGGCGAGAGCAAAGUACUUUUGCGCUGAUGGGGUUGAUGAUGAUGAUUUUCACCAUUACGCUCUGAAUGUACCUCUCUAUACACAUUUUACUAGCCCUAUUCGGCGAUAUGCAGACAUCAUGGUGCACAGACUACUAACAGCCAGUCUCAAAAACAGUGGAUCUCCAGAAUGGGAAGUAGAUAAAGUCCGUAUGAUAGCAGCGCAGUGCAACAAACAGAAAUACAAUGCCAAGAAGGCCGGCGAGAUGUCCACUGAGUUGUACACGCUCAAGUACAUUGAGAUGCACUCACCGAUGGUGACAGAAGGGGUUGUGGUGGAGGUUCGGGAGAAAUACAUAGAUGUCAUCAUCGUCGCUAUGGGGCUUAACAGGAGGGUUUACUUCAAUCCUGACUUCCCAGGCGAUUUCAAGUGCGUGAAAAACGACGCCGGCGCCAAACUAUCUCGAAUGGAAGUCCUAUGGCACAACGGUAAGGACGCGCCGCCAGACGCUCCUCACAUCAAACAAGUCAUAGAAGUUUUCUCCAUCGUCAAGAUUGAAAUGCACAAAGGCAACGAAAUGGUCAAAGUUGAAACGAGGCUUGUGAAACCGGAAGUUAGCGUGGAAAAUUGAUUUUCUAAAUCCCCAAGCAAAGCUGCCUGGGCUAUAACCGCGAAAAUCGAGGUUCGCAUAUUGCGGGGAUUUUUCUCUGUCACUCUAAUUACGCCUUCAUUGGAGUAAAAGAGAAAGAUCCCCGCAAUUUACGAAUUUCGGUUGUCGCGGUUUCCGCUCUGGUUGCGCGACUUCAUUUUCUGCCUCUUUCGCACAGUUAAAGGUGUGUAUUGCGCGCGACUUGAAAAGUGUUAUGUGACAGACAGACCCAGUUUUACAUUUUGAAUGACAUCCAAAAAUUCAUUAAAUAAUUUUAUCUGACAUGUGAAGUACAACUUAUUAUAGGUAUGUGAUCUUAUCUGUUGUAAACUAGUAACAUUUUAAUCCAAAACCUUCUUAGUUUAAAUUGUUGUUUAAAUUGACUCUGAUGUGCAAACAUCAGUAUUGACUGUUUUAGAAUAGUAUAAUUAGGUUGGACCUUUUUAUUUUCUCUUAAGAGAGAAUGAAAUUGCAUUGUGAUCUAGAUGCACAGGUAACUAAAAAUGUGGUAUUCCACCUGUCCAAUUUAUUUUUCCAAUAUGUCUUGCGUCUCAUAUUUUGCUUAGUGAGAGAGUGUGACGCACAGAUAUUAUUGGACCCAUAUAUUGGACAUGGAAUACCACCCUAAGCUAAGAUUUCAACUAUUUUGUAACAUUUAUUGUAUUAUUUUAUAAUUAAGGAUUUUACUGUCAUGAAAUUAGGAGUGUCUUGUAAGAUACAAUAAUUGCCAGUGUGGCAUGCCGGUAUUUAUAUUUAUUAUGAAUGAAAUUGUUUUGAUUUUUUUUAUCGGCUUGUAUUUGUUCUGUAUAUGAAUUCGUUUUAUUUUAUUUGAAUUUUUUUUUUUUAUUACGAAUGGGCUUACUCAUGGCCACAGACUAGCCGAGGCGUAGACGUGGCCUACGAUGGAGCGAGCUCGCCCAGAAGGUGCCUGUUCACUCUUGAUUUGAAGGUUGCCGGGUUAUUGGUUUAUUGAGUCGACUGCAGUGCGCGCCAUCUGCGUGUGACUAUUGGAACUAAAUACUGAAACAUGGGUUAUGUUAUGUCUUUGCAAUUAACACAUUCACUGCCCCCGACGCACAUGUGCGUCCACCGCCAUAUAAGUUUGUUCCUAGGCCACGCCCCCUGGCAGUGAAUGUUAAGUUUAGAAGCAGAAAAGCUAGUACGGAAUUAUCUUGUAGACGGAUUUGGCCGCACUGACCUUAACAAGCAAUUCUUUAUGGUGAUAUGUAAUUUAAAGUAAGGGCGCUAAGCACGAAGAAUUUCGUAUACCGACCUGCCAUUUCCUAUCUCUAUCGCACGCGCAUAAUUGUAUAGCUGUUUCGUUCGCACAGCGGUAUUGACCGGCGCACCUGGGCGGCACAGCAAUAUGAUUACGCGCGUGCAAUAGAGAUAGGAAAUGGCGGGUCAUUGUACGAAGUUUUACUUGCUGAGCGUCCUUACUUUACCAUGACCAUAUUGAAUUGAACGAGUGAAGUGUUUGCCUUGCAAAGAACGUUAUUUUUUUAUUAUUGUCAUAAAUUACCCGUCAACAUAUACAAUAGUAAAAGUUUGUGUCUAGUGAAAUAUCUCUUGUAACUUGCAGUAGUUUCUGAUUCUCUUCAAUAGGUAUUAAUUGUUUUAUUUACAAACAUCAGAACAAAAUGCUAUGAUUAAAAAUUAUGUGUUUGGGAAAAAUUUGUACCUACUUAUUAAAUUAAAAGAACUUUCGCUGCAAAAUGAAGGCACGAUCGUACAUACCCAAAGGCACAAUUUAAAUCGUAGUACUAUAAUGGUAUUUAUUUGUACAUGGUGAAACUAAUAGCAAGGAUAUGCGCGGGCUACCUGCGUCAGCAUUGUAUAAAUUAUAUAAUAACACUAUGCGUUCUGUAUGCUGGGCCCUAAAUUAAAUCAAGUACCGUCUCUAAGAACCGCUUUAGGUACUCUAGCUUUCACUGAACCACAGAAUAAAUAAUAGUACUAGGUACAGAAGACUCACUCCCUAACAAAACGCGUCUGUUACGAUCAGCACAGAUAUGGCCGCUAGGUGGCGACAGCGCCACGCGCGUCUUAUUGCAAAUUCCAAAAUUGGGGCCGAACAGAUGUAUUUUUAGCUACCUGUAGCAAAGUGACAAAAUCGCGGAGUGAGCCACGCCUGACUGAACUCCCUGUCUGAGAGCCUACCGCGAACACCGAAGCAAUUGCGGGCAUCUUUGUCUGUCACCCUAAUUACUCCUUAAUUGGAGUAAUAAAAGAUAAAUAUGCCUGAUUGCCCGCAAUUUGCGAAUUUCGGUAUUCGCGUUAGAUAAUAGCUGUUUGAGUUCCGCAUCAUGUUUUUUGAACGGUUGCAGCGCCAUCUGCGUUAAGCUUUGCGCGUUUAUCUUCGUUGCUCAAUAGUAGUUUUAUAUUUAUGUAACCUUGACUACGCAAACUGUUUGGAUAGUAUUCAAUUUUUCUAAUUGUUUAUAAUGUUUUGGUCGGUAGUCUUGCCUUUUCUUAGACAUUAACCAUCUCUGGGUUAAGUUUAAAUGCUCAAACCGUACUUUUGUAACUUCUUUCAUUAAUGAUGUAGACAAAUCAAUACAUUUUUGAGAAUUU